CAAGAAACGGUGCUGCGACUUUUUCCUGCUUUUUUAAAGUUAAUUAUUUUCUAUUUGCACCUGCCGAAGUGAUAUGCAAAUAGCGUCCAAUUAGCACUGGAAAGUAAUAGAUUGCAACCGCACUAGUGACUAACGACGUCGAGUGUUUUGAUUCGUGGCUUUUUGUUUAUAACCAUUGUUGGUUGCAGUGGCCAGCUUUUGUGUUUUCUUUUUCCCAGUCGGAAGGGUCGUGCCUCCAAGAAAGUGCGAAACUAAAGAUCGCCUUUGAAAGAUCUUGAACCGUGUUUUCAUUGUAUUGUGUUGUUUUUAAUCAGGCUUGUAGUGUGUGCUGGUUGAUUUUCAUUUUGCUCUGUCGACUGGCAAUUGGUAGGUGACAGUUUUUCACCUACAUCUUUGCCUCCCACCGAGAUCCCUUGUCCGGUUUUGUUUUGCUUGUGCCACUCGUGUAUCGCCGCUGUCGUCGUCAGUCAGAUUCAGCUGUCAUCCACAACGGUUUGUACUUACACGACGAAUGAACCAUCAGUAGGAGGUAUUUGUACGGUCGGACGGCGGAGGCGCUUUAACCUUUCUGACAUUGAAACUGCUCGUGAGUGCGGCUUGUGUGUGAAGCUGCGACUGUCGGAGCUCACUAUUCUCUGUCGAUCGGUGGAAGCAGCAGCAACUGGCAGUAUUGCCGAUUCCCGGAGUGCCAUCAACGGAAGACAAACGAGCCGGAUCCCCAGUGUUGUUGAAUGGCCAACAGCUAAUCCGCUGCGGGAAUACCAAGUUCGGAUUUUUUAGUUCGUUCUCAGUUCGGUUUAAGUUUUCUUUUCUUUUGCCAAAUUGCUGUGCUGUGGUGCUGUGCGCGGGUGUUGAUUCAUUUCGGGUAGUGUUCGACGGAAAAAGAUUAGCCAACGAAAAAGAAUGGCCAAAGACGAGGAGGAUGAUUUGCUGCCCGAUAAGGACGCCGCUAAGGGGUUCUACGCCAAGUAUGAACCGAAGGAAAUCCUCGGAAGAGGCAUCAGCUCCACAGUGCGACGAUGCAUCGAGAAGGAAACGGGCAAGGAGUUUGCUGCCAAAAUCAUCGAUCUUGGGGCGGCGGAAUCUAACGAUUCCAAUCACAUGCUGGAAGCAACCCGGCAGGAGAUCCAGAUUUUGCGCCAAGUCAUGGGACACAAGUAUAUCAUCGAGCUGCAAGAUGUGUUCGAAUCAGAUGCCUUUAUUUUUCUGGUCUUUGAACUUUGCCGGCAGGGUGAAUUGUUCGACUAUCUGACCUCGGUGGUGACGCUGUCGGAGAAGAAAUCCCGGUACAUAAUGAGGCAAAUCUUCGAAGGAGUCGAUUAUAUCCACUCGCGAAAUAUUGUGCAUCGUGAUUUGAAGCCCGAAAAUAUCCUGCUGGACGACAGUUUGAACGUCAAGAUCACCGAUUUUGGAUUCGCACGGAAGCUGAAAGACGGUGAAAAAUUGUACGAUUUGUGCGGCACACCUGGCUACUUAGCACCGGAGACGCUGAAAUGCAACAUGUUCGAAGAUGCCCCCGGCUACUCGAAGGAAGUCGACAUUUGGGCUUGUGGUGUCAUCAUGUUCACACUGCUGGUCGGUUGUCCACCGUUCUGGCACCGGAAGCAGAUGGUCAUGCUGCGGAACAUCAUGGAGGGCAAGUACAGCUUCACCUCGCCCGAGUGGGCCGACAUUUCCGAGGAUCCGAAAGAUCUGAUCCGCAAGUGUCUGGUGGUGGAUCCGACGAAGCGCAUAACCGUGACAGAGGCCUUGAAGCAUCCGUUCUUCAACACAGUACUUUUCGAGCAAGACAUUGGCCCACUGAAGCGCAGCCUAUCGGCCAAAUCGAGACGGUUGAGUCGUAUCGCCGACCUGGCACUGGGCGUCCCGGAAAAAUUACGUAAACAAAGUCAGUUUAAUGCUAGAAAAAAGUUUCAAUUCGCUAUAUUAUGUGUUAGAGCAAUGGUUAGAAUAAAGAGGCUACGGUACACGCCGGAACCGUUGCGGGCCGAGGACGCACUAAGAGACCCCUACCGCAUCAAGGUCCUUCGGAAGGUCAUUGACGGCUGUGCAUUUCGGGUGUACGGUCACUGGGUCAAGAAGGGCGAGGGCCAGAAUCGGGCCGCCCUGUUCGAGAAUACACCUCGAUGCGAGGUUUACAAUCUUUAUAUCAACAGUCUUACUCGAUAAGCUGUAGCAGCGGCUAGUGGGUCGGUAGGGAAACAGAAGGAAGGAAAACAAAAAGAAAGGCUCUUUAUUUUGUCUCUAAGUAGGUAACAAAGGUUAUGUACGAUCCGAGCCCAGUCAUUUGGCUGCGAAGACUGGGUGAAGACGUUCAACUAUGUGGAUAUCUGAUUAGAUCACACUGUUAGUGGGAUUUGGGUGAUCAUUCUAGUGUGUUUACCUAAUAGAUAGUAAUAAUGUCGCUAGUAAGUCUAAAUCUAAAGCUAUACUAAUUUUCCACAUUUAUUUAUUACGCGUAUUUUGGCAAGCAAGUUUACUAGCUUGAGUUAGGGGUUCGAACAUUUUGUUGCUAAAAUAUAUCACCUUUAUUGAUCAGGUAAAAGGAAUUCCGAAAUUGAACUGAGAAGCAAUUAGCUCAUAUCAGAAGGGCAAACCCUUUAGUUUGUAGUUUUUUUCUGCUGAAAUAAUUAUUUGCGCUGAUGUUUUACAAUGUUCGAACAUUACACUACCGCUUCUUAAAUAAAUGAUGCCAGAAAAUGAUAGAGCACAGUCUUAGAGUUAUAUAAGCUUAUAAGCAAUGUUGAGUAGCUAUCGAAAUUGUUUCUUGAUAUUAUGAAUCGAUUAGUUUUUUGCCCAAGUCGAGCUUAGGUGUUGUUGAAGAUCCAGAGCAAAUUACACUCUGAAAAGACAAGUAGAUUUCCCUAAAUCUAGCCAAGCAGUAGGUUAUUUCUAAGCCGAUGAUUGUACGAAAAAUUCAGCCAUGUGAUGGAAGGUAAGAUUUGGAAAAAUCUUCGGAUUGCAGUUUUUCUAACUUUACGGAGAGAUGUGAUUAGAAUCAAAAAAAUAAUCGAUAGGAAACCUUGUUCACCACCAGAAGAAAACCCCCUAACGUGAGAAUAUUCAUUACACUUAAAAACAACAGCAAACGAAAUGUGUCACAAUGCUGUUGAUUCUUAAUCAAAUAAUAGAAAACU